AUGAGACAGACUCUGCUCGCCAACUUCCUUCUGUGGACUGGCUUAGCCGCAGGCUAUGCUGUCGGACUUGACCAAUCUCCGGAGCAGCGAUCCGUGGAAGGCGUCAAGUUAAGGCUCCCUGCACCCAGUCAAGAUGGCCUACAUUUCGUGAUUGAUGGGCGGCCGGAUUACUUUGCAGGAAGUAACUCGUAUUGGAUCCCUUUCCUGAAGAGUAAUGCCGAUGUGGACAUGGUGAUGAAACAUCUGAAGCAAUCUGGCCUCAAGGUCCUUCGAGUUUGGGGAUUCAAUGAUGUGAAUGAGGUCCCCACGGACGGUCGGGUGUGGUUUCACCAUAUCGAGAACGGCCAGUCCACCAUCAACGUUGGUCCAGAUGGACUUCAACGUCUGGACUACGUUGUGAGGUCUGCUGAGGCUCAUGGCGUGAAGCUUAUCGUCAACUUUGUCAACAACUGGAGUGACUAUGGAGGCAUUGCCGCCUACAACACCGCCUUUGGUGGCAAUGCCACCACAUGGUACACGGACAAGGCCUCCCAAACCUCCUACAGAGACUACAUCAAGGCUGUCAUCUCUCGGUACCGGGGAUCACCAACGAUCUUUGCCUGGGAGCUAGCGAAUGAGCCUCGCUGCCGAGGAUGUGACACAAGUGUCAUCUACAACUGGGCCAAGAGCACAAGCGAGUUCAUCAAGUCGCUCGAGCCCACAAGGAUGGUUUGCAUAGGGGACGAGGGAAUGGGUCUUAACACUCAAUCGGAUGGCUCUUAUCCAUUCACCUACUACGAAGGAGUGGAUUUUGAGAAAAACAUUCAAAUCCCCACGAUCGACUUUGGAACUCUUCAUCUCUAUCCCAGUCAAUGGAGCGAACAGGAUUCAUGGGGGAACCUCUGGAUCGAAGCUCACGGCGCAGCUUGCGUGAAAGCAGGCAAGCCGUGCUUGCUCGAGGAAUAUGGAUCCCUCGCACAUGCUCCAUCUGAAGCGCCAUGGCAGCAGACUGCUUUGAAAACAAAGGGUAUUGCUGGUGAUACGUUCUGGCAAUACGGUGAUCAGCUCUCCACUGGACCUUCUCCGAACGACGGUUACACCAUCUACCGAGGCACCGCAAACUACACCAUACUGGUGACGGACCAUGUCAAGGCUAUCAAACAUGCUCGUCGCCACUAA